UGCGCAGUUGAAGGCGGUGGCGGGCCACGGUGAGCUUCUGCGCGAGCGCUUCCAGGCCGGGACCCCCAGGCUGCCAUGAGCUCCCCGACCGUACCCCGGGACCUGCAGCUGCCCCCGUCUCAGAGAGCCCAGUCCGCGUUCAAGGAACAAAGAAGACAAAAACUCAAGGAACAUCUAUUAAGACGAAAAUCCAUGUUUGCAUACAAACAGGAAAAUGAGAUAUCCAGUAGUAGAGGCCAGAAAACGAUGGCAUCUGAAAAUCAGGUUCAAGAAGGGACAAAAGUUCUGAAACUCAAAAUGAAAAUGGCUGAUAAAGAAAAUGUGAAAAGACCUACAGACAGCAAAAAUAAUAUAAUAGAAAAAAACUGUAUCCCUUUAAAACCUAAUGAGUUAAGCAAUUCAGAUACAGCAACUGAAAUACCUAAUUUUGAAGAUGAUAAUCAAACUCAGUUAACAAUUAAAGAUCAUUCCCAAAGUCAAAAUAUGACAUUAAGCAGGGCAUUUCACCUUAAAAACAAUAAUAAAAAGAAACUCACGACUGCAGAAAACCCAAAGCAAGAUGCUAACUUGCCCAAGAAACCUGUGCUUGGAUGUUAUCGUGGCCAAAUUGUGCAAUCUAAGAUCAAUUCAUUUCGAAAACCUCUACAAAUCAAAGAUGAGAGUUCUGCAACAAUGAAGAAACUUUCAGCUCCUUGCUCUAAAGCCACGAAGCCUCAACCUCCAAGCACUGGCAGCGCUGGAACCUCAAAUAUGGCAGCUUCUGCGAAAGUCGCAAGCACUAAAUCUGUGAGCACUGCAUCGCAGAGCAACGCACUUGUGCGACCUCCCAUUAGAAGCCACCACAGUGACACCCAGAGCGGCUCAAAGCGAGGCUUCGCCAGGAUCCCCAGCACUGUUACAAUCAGAAAAGAGCUACAUGCAAAAGAGUUAUUACGACCAAAAACAGUCUCAUCUACUGUGGAGAACAGUUCUCAGGAUAUAAAAAGAGAUAAGACACUAUCAAGAAGUAUAUCAUCCGAAGUUGCAGCAAAGACUGCUUCAUCUUCUCAUUCCAAACCAAUACAAAAGUUCAAAACCACUGACCAGCGCAGGCAUACUAUAGCAAGAACAAAUACUGACGUAUCAGCUCAGCUCAAAGAAACUGCAGAAGAGAGAAAAGCUCGUCUGAAUGAGUGGAGAACUAGCAAAGGCAGAGUGCUGAAACGGCCUCCUAAUUCAGUAGUUCCCCAGCCUGAGUCUGAAGGACAGAGUGAGAAACCAAUUGGGUCCUUUUGGACUACCAUGGCAGAAGAAGAUGAACAAAGAUUAUUUUCUGAAAAAGUCAACAAAACAUUUUCUGAAUGCCUGAACCUGAUUAAUCAGGGAUGCCCAAAAGAAGAAAUAUUAGGUACACUGAACGACUUGAUUAGAAAUAUUCCAGAUGCCCAAAAACUUGUUAAAUAUUGGAUAUGUCUUGUACGUAUUGAACCAAUCACAAGCCCUAUUGAAAAUAUUAUUUCAAUCUAUGAGAAGGCCAUUCUGGCAGGGGCUCAGCCUAUUGAAGAGAUGCGACACACAAUUGUAGAAAUCCUAACGAUAAAGAGUCAAGAAAAAGUUAAUCUUGGAGAAAGCGUUGAGGAGGCUAAUGCAACCAAGGAACACAUCCAAGAACUCAAUACUGAUGAUACAAGUGUCAUUCUAGAGCUGGAAGAAAUGGAAAGUGAGCAGUGUAGAAAUGUGGAGUUUCAAGAUGGUGAAAAGGAACAUGACAAGACCAGAGACCCAACCAGUGACAUUACAACCCCUGACUCCAGGACUGGAGCAGGCUGUGUCAUCAAAUACAAUGUAUCUACUACACCGUGCUUGCAAAGUAUGAAAAAGAAGAUGCAACAUGAUAAAAUAAAUUCUGCAUUUAAAGAGCUAAGGUUUCUAACACCAGUGAGACGUUCCCAGCGUCUUCAAGAGAAGACUUCUCAGUUGCCGGAUAUGUUAAAAGACCAUUACCCUUGUGUGUCUUCCCUGGAGCAGUUGUCAGAGUUAGGGGGUGAUGCCUUUAUAUGCCGUCCUAAUGCAGCACUCUGCCCUACAAUCUCGGAGAUCAAUCAAGCAGGAGAGAAAUGAGGGCUUGUAUAAUUCCUGGGGUGCUGGGCAUUGUACAGCUUUGUGUUUCCCUUGUUCCUGGAGUGGGCCAGGCACUGAAAUUCAUGGCAUCAACUUGUAUUAACACGCAUGCUAUAGGAACAGUUGUGGUUUUGUGUCAGAAAUCUAACCCUGUUAGUCAAUCUUAGCAGACCAGGUUUUUCUUUACUAUAGAAGACUUUCUCAGCCAGUUUGUUGUGUUUCUUAGAGAUGGUGUGAGCUUGGUUGCUUCACCAAAUAAAAGUGCCGUAAUGAAGCAUCAGAAACAUUAUAUAUUGUUAAAUUUUCUAUUUUAAAUUGACAUGUUUUAUAAUUUUUUAAUGAUAUGCCCCUCUGCCUUUAAACAGAAUACUGACAUUUUUUCCCCCUUCGAUCAGUAUAAAAUUGGGGUUGGGAAUAGAGCUCAGUUGUAAAACAUGUGCUUGGUAUGUCUGAGGCCCUGGGUUCAGUCCUUUGGUCUUAAAAAAAGGUUAAAUAUUUGUAUGUGGAGCACCUCCCUUCAACUAUUAAGACAUAAAAAGUUUGGCUUGCUUUUCUACAAACUCUUGCUCCCUGGCUCAUGCUUGGUUGCAUCCUGGGAACUUCACUGUCACCUUUCUGUGGUGGUGAGAUUGCACCUGUGGCCUCUUCUCAUUACAGCUGAGGUGUGAAAGUGUGAAUGCCCCUUUCUGAGAGGUGCUGCACAAGGAAGAAGUGGUGUCAGAAUCUAAUCUGAGUUAAUGUUGCAACUUGAACUUUCAUAGCUUCAUCCAAUAGUUCAAUAUAAACUAUGUUAGAAGAGAAUUUGGGGAAGUAAUAUAUAUUUAAUGCCAUUCUAGUUCAUGUAGCAUUUCUAAGAUAGUCAAUACUUAAACAUUUUUAUUUUCCAGCAUAUGAAAAUGUCACUGUUGGGUCGGGCGUGGUUGUGUACGCCUUUAAUCCCAGCAUUUGGGAGGCAGAGGUAAGGAGGUUCACCAUGAGUUUGAGGCCACCCUAAGACUACAUAGUGAAUUCCAGGUCAGUCUGGACUAGAGUGAAACCCUACCUCAAAAAAAAAUAAAAUAAAAUAAAAAUGUCACUGUUAAAUCAUGUCCCCUAGGACAUGAUAGUCACAAACAGCAAACAGUUCUCCCUUCACAUAAAUACCAUUAAUGAAAGAGAUUUUGUAAUGUCGUGAACUAAUAUAUAAAUGGCCUAAGUCCUGUUUCAACUCAUUUCAAAUAAGUGAAUUGCAAAAGAUAAGUUUAAUAAUUCUUUAUGCUCGUGACUUUUGUAUAAUAACUUUUAUUGUCUUGUUCUGGAGAGUAGUAUUUUUAACUGUGUACUUAAUAUGUAUGCAAUAAAAAUAUCUGUAUGAUGAUA